UCUUUCGGUCAGUUUUCUCUCGUGAGCUGCACGCGCGCGUCCUUCCGCUAGGACCUCGGGAGUCUGUGUCCGUCUUCUUGUCCCCCUCGAUCCUGGAUCAACCUCUACGCCCGUGAAUCACAGGAUAAAUCAGGAGAUCCAUUCGUUCGACACGAGGAUCCCCGCGCCGGGAGCCGACGUCCGUCAAGAUGCGCCGUCGAUGCACAUGGUCGUCGGUGCUUCUUAUACUAAUCGCGGGGCUCUGCGUGCGCGACACCUUCGCGAAACACCAUCAUGCAAAAUUUAGGCACGAGAGACACCGGCGACAGCACGGCGAAAGCUACCUGCACAGCAGCUCCGUUCUCGACACGGAUGAACCCGAAAGGGGAACCUGGGGACCUUGGUCGACGCCCAGUUCCUGCUCCAGGUCCUGCGGAGGCGGCGUCUCCCAUCAGACUAGACAGUGUCUCGAUAUAGACGACAAUGGCUACAACAGGUGCACGGGAGCAUCCAGGCGAUUCUUCUCCUGCAACGUCCAGGAAUGUCCGGACAGUGGGAAAGAUUUCCGAGCAGAGCAGUGCGCGGAGUUCAACAGCGUUCCCUUCGAAGGAGUCCACUACGACUGGAUCCCGUACACCGGCGGUUCGAACAAGUGCGAAUUGAAUUGCAUGCCGCGGGGCGAGCGUUUCUUCUACAGGCACAAGUUGUCGGUGAUCGACGGGACGCCUUGCGAGCCCGAGAAGAACGACGUGUGCGUCGAAGGGAAGUGCAUGCACGUCGGAUGCGACAUGAUGCUGGGAAGCAACGUGCAGGAAGACGCCUGCAGAAAAUGCGGCGGCGACGGUUCCGAUUGUACCACUGUCUCCGGAAUCUUUACCAACGACGAUCUUCAACUCGGUUACAUCGACAUCUUGCUGAUCCCGAAAGGAGCGACGAACAUAGCGGUGAAGGAGAUCGAGUCGUCGAACAAUUACUUGGCCGUUAGAAACACGUCGGGCCACUAUUACCUGAACGGAAACUGGAGGAUAGACUUCCCACGAAGCCUGAAAUUCGCUGGAACCAUAUUCCAUUAUUCGAGAGACCCGCAAGGAUUCUCGGCGCCCGACAGCAUCGCCGCCUUGGGCCCGACCAACGAACCAAUUUACGUGGUGCUACUGUAUCAAGACCAUAAUGUCGGCGUGAAUUACGAGUACAGUGUGCCGGAUAAAUUCUCGCAAUCCGCUGCCGACAGCUACAGCUGGAUAGUCGACCAGUUUUCGAGCUGCAGCGCGACUUGCGGCGGAGGUUAUCGGUCAAGACGAGUGGCCUGCGUUAGAAGAAGGGACAGCCAGCCGGUGGAUGAGAGCCUCUGCGAUCCACAGAUGGAACCAGCUGACACAGAGGCCUGUAGCCCGGAGCCCUGUCCACCUGUGUGGGUGGAGGGCGAAUGGGGCCCGUGUAGCAAACACUGCGGGGAAGGAGGUGAACAGACCCGGGAGAUCAAAUGCGAGCAGGUCAUCGCCGGUGAAAUAGCAUCGGUGGUGGACGAUAACCAGUGUCUGGAGAAGGUGGGACCAAAAGGGCUAACCAACCAGGAGUGUAACAAAGACCUCGAGUGCCCUCAAUUCCACGUUGGGCCAUGGAAACCGUGCGACCGUUUGUGCGGGCCGGGCAAGGAGACCAGGAGGGUGACGUGCUACAAGAAGGAGAACGGCAAGAUCCAAGUGCUGGAGGACGAGGCGUGCGAAGGCGAGGUUCCAGAGCGUGAGAAGCCCUGCGAAUUGAGACCUUGCGAAGGCCUCGACUGGGUCACGUCGGAUUGGAGUGGUUGCGACGACAAAUGCGGACUGACUCAAGAGACGAGAACCGCUCGCUGCUCCACGCAAGACGGCACCGUUUAUCCGGAUGACAAGUGCGACGCCGAGAAGAAGCCGGAAUUGAGCCGGGAAUGCGAGGGAAAGAAGGAUUGCGAGGUCUUAUGGUUUGGCUCACAGUGGAGUGACUGUUCAGCGAAAUGCGGAUCGGGCAUACAAACGCGCAAGGUGUUCUGCGGCACGUUCAGCGAGGAAACGGUGAAGAAGGUGCCGGAUGAAAAUUGCGACGCGAGCAAGAAGUUCAAUGACACGAAAAUCUGCACCGCCGAGGAGGAGUGCAAAGGCGAUUGGUUCGCCGGCCCGUGGAGCGAGUGUUCGAAACCAUGCGGCGGCGGCAGCAUGGACCGCAAGGUGAUUUGCAUGAAGGACAACAUGACGGCGGACUUGAAAAACUGCGACGCGAGCACGAUCAUGUUCGGCACCGAGGAUUGCAACGAGCAACCGUGCGAAGACGACGAGGUGAUACCGGUGCAGCCGGGGAAGAUCAAAGAUCUGACCGAGGAGGAGGACGACGACGAAUGCGAAGUCUACGAAGACGAGGACUUCGUUACAGUUUCCUCGAGCCUGGCACCGAGCGAGGAAACAUCGAACCAAUCGGAGGACUUGACAGAGGCCACGCCGCUCAGUUCUCCGGAUGGCGGCAUGUCCAGCGGAAGCGACAUGAACGACAUACCGCUCGGCGAUGCUCCUUACACCAGGGGCGACAUAUCACCCGGGGAAACCGGAAGCGGCGAGGGAAGCGGCACAGAUUUCACAGAUUUCCUCACAGGAGCUUACACACCCGAAUUCGGGUCUACUUUCGAGGGCAGUGGAACGGAAAUGACGACAGACGAGACCGGUGACUUCGCUACCGACUCAGGAGACACCGAUUCCACCGAUGAAACCGUGACGGAAGGAAGCACUGUAUCCGGUGAAACCGAAGUUACCGAAACGAACGAAAGCGGUGCAACGGAUGCAACAACACCGAAAACCAGCGGCGAAACAUCGGAGAUGCCAGAAACCACAGAUUCUUCGGCAACAGACGCAACUCCAGCUUCUGGAGAAACUACAGAAUCAGGCCCGACCACUAUCACAUCCGAAACUGAAAGCACUGUUACAGGAGAAACUGAAGAGACGACAUCACCCGGGACCAUAGAAUCCGGCGCCACCGAAGAAACCACCGAAUCUGGACCAACCGAAUCGACAGUGUCGACAGAAUCCCCCGAGACCACCGAAUCUGGAGCGACCACAGAGUCUGGACCUACCGAAGUCACCGAAAGCACCGAAUCGGGAGCAACGACUGAAACUACUGAAUCUGGGAUGACCGAGACUACCGAAUCUGGUCAGACAACAGAAUCUGGUCAGACAACAGAAUCUGGCCAGACAACAGAAUCUGGCCAGACAACAGAAUCUGGCCAGACAACAGAAUCUGGUCAGACAACAGAAUCUGGAGAGACUACCGAGUCUGGAAUGACCACCGAGUCCGGAAUGACCACCGAGUCCGGAAUGACCACUGAAUCUGGAAUGUCCACUGAAUCUGGAAUGACCACCGAAUCUGGUAUGACCACUGAAUCCGGAAUGAGCACUGAAUCUGGUGAGACUACCGAGUCUGGAAUGACUACUGAGUCUGGUCAAACCACCGAAUCUGGUGAGACUACUGAGUCUGGAAUGACCACUGAAUCUGGAAUGACCACUGAGUCCGGAAUGACCACUGAAUCUGGAAUGACCACUGAAUCUGGAAUGACCACUGAAUCUGGGAUGACCACCGAAUCUGGAGCAACGACAGAGUCUGGAGCAACGACAGAGUCUGGAGAAACUACAGAAUCUGGAGCAACGACAGAAUCUGGAGCAACGACAGAAUCUGGAGCAACGUCAGAGUCUGGGGAAACCACAGAGUCUGGAGCAACGUCAGAGUCUGGAGCAACGUCAGAGUCUGGAGCAACGUCAGAGUCUGGAGCAACGUCAGAGUCUGGGGAAACCACAGAGUCUGGAGGAACGACCGAGUCUGGAGAGACGACAGAGUCCGGUGCUACCACUGAAUCAGGCGCCACUGACGUUACCGAGUCCACCGUUUCCGGUUUGACACCGUCCACGGAAGAAGAGGACAACGUAACAACACCUGCAUCCGAACUGUGGACAACCAUAAUCGAUAUAGUAACCAGCAAGCACCGCGUCUGCAAAGUAUUGAAAAAGAAAGCCUGCAAGACGAAACCAUUCGGUUGCUGUUACGACGGGAUCACGCCAGCCAAAGGACCGUUCGGUCAAGGUUGCCCGACGCCGAAGACCUGCAACGAGACCAAAUAUGGCUGCUGCUCCGACGGCGUCUCGCCAGCCGCUGGUCCAGAUAACAGAGGAUGCCCAGAAUCGCAUUGCUCCGAGACUUUGUUCGGUUGUUGUCCCGACGGAGUCACCGCUGCCGAAGGAAACGACCUUGAAGGAUGUAAGAAACCUUGCAACCAGACCGAGUUUGGUUGCUGCCCCGACAAGGAGACUCCAGCCAGUGGCAAGGACAACAUGGGAUGUUGCAACGUCACCGAAUUCGGCUGCUGUCCCGAUGGAAUCGAACCAGCUUCUGGACCAGACGGAGCGGGCUGCGAGGAGGAAGUUACCGAAGGUCCUGCCACGGAUGGUCCUACCACCGCUGUGUUGGAAGACUGCGCGAACACAGUUUAUGGUUGUUGCCCCGACGGAUCUUCUACCGCAGUCGGAACGAACUUCGACGGGUGUGGAGUCAUCAACGCUGAAAAUUGCACUGCUUCGUACUUUGGUUGCUGCCCUAAUAGUACGACUCCAGCUUCGGGACCGAACAAUUACGGCUGCCACAAGCCGUGCGAAAACACCAGUUACGGUUGUUGCGAGGACAACGUCACCCCCGCGCACGGACCGAACGGCGAGGGUUGUUGCUUGUCAACGCAGUACAAGUGCUGUCCCGAUAACAUUCUUCCUGCUCGCGGGCCAAACUUCUACGGUUGCGGAUGCCAGUACGCCAGAUUCGGCUGUUGCCCGGAUAAUUCCACCGCAGCACGUGGCCCGAACAACGAAGGGUGCGGAUGCAAAUAUACUCCGAAUGGUUGUUGCCCCAAUCGAUUCACGCCUGCCACUGGACCGAACUACGAGGGUUGUCCUUGCUACACUUAUCAGUUUGGCUGCUGUUCCGACGGUGUCAGUAUCGCCAAAGGACCCCGAGGACAAGGUUGCGGAUGCGAAAACACGGAGUUCAAGUGUUGCUCCGACGGCAAAACGCCAGCGAAGGGACCAAACUUUGCAGGAUGUGCCUGUGAUGCUUCGAAGUACGGCUGCUGUACGGACGGAGUCGAGGAAGCUCAAGGGGAGAACUUCGAGGGCUGUCUCUCGGUACCAUCGAACCCUGGAGCGGACUGCGCGUUGGACAAAGACAGAGGCUCCUGCCGGAACUUCACUGUCAAGUGGUACUUCAGCACCGAGUACGGCGGUUGCUCACGUUUCUGGUACGGAGGCUGCGGAGGUAACGAGAAUCGAUUCAAGACUCAGGAGGAGUGCAAGGAGGUGUGCGUUCAGCCCAAAGGAAAAGACGCCUGCUACCUACCGCAGAUUCCAGGACCUUGCGAAGGCUAUUUCCCUACGUGGUACUAUGACACCGACAGGAAGCGGUGCAGUCAGUUUAUUUAUGGAGGCUGUCUCGGAAAUGCGAACAAGUUUAAGACGAGAGAAGAGUGCGAGGAGCUUUGCGUUGUUCCCGAUGAUCUUGAUCCUUGCGAGCAGCCGAAGGAAGUAGGACCCUGUCAAGGAAACUUCACAAGAUGGUUCUACAACGCGGACUCCGAAGCCUGCGAGCAAUUCAAAUAUGGCGGCUGCAAAGGAAACGACAACAACUUUGCUACAGAGAUUGCCUGCCAUCAGCAAUGCUUGCAACGGAAAGGAGCAAAAGUAAAACCGAGGGACGUGUGCGUCCUGGAGAAAGACCCCGGACCCUGUCCGGGCUCGGUGUUGCGCUGGUAUUAUGACGCCGAGCGUCACACGUGUAGCCAAUUUGUUUACGGGGGUUGCAAAGGCAACGGGAAUAGGUUCCGUACGCGUGCUGCCUGCGAGCAGCGCUGUCCCGUAACAGAGCAAGACUCGUGUCUUUUGCCCGCGCUUACGGGAGAAUGCCACAACUACGUUCAUCGUUGGUACUACGACACUUACGAGCAACAAUGUAGACAAUUCUACUAUGGCGGCUGUGGCGGAAACGAAAAUAAUUUCGAGAGCGAACAGGACUGUCUCAACAGGUGCCAGACCGCACUUACCACCCCCGCGCCACGCCAGGUCGCUGAAUUUAGACCAGAUUUCUGCUUCCUUCCCGACGAACAUGGCGCAUGCUCCGAGGACCACAUCAAAUGGUUCUACGACAGUAGAGACGGUGUUUGCAAGCAGUUCAGAUACGGUGGAUGCCAGAGCAACGGGAACAACUUUAACAGCAAGGAAGAGUGCGAAUAUCGGUGCGGAGAUGUUCAAGAUCCUUGCGGCCUGCCCAGAGUCGUCGGACCUUGCAGCGGCGUCGACAAACAAUAUUACUACGACCAUCGCACGGACUCGUGCUACGAAUUCGAAUACAGCGGCUGCCAGGGCAACAAGAAUCGCUUCCAAGACAGGACCUCCUGCGAGAGAAAGUGCAAGAAGAGGCCGGAUGCGAGUCAGCCAGAUCGAAACGUCACCGUCACACCGCCACCUUCCGUCGACACCGUUUCGAAGAGUCCCGUCUGCUAUACACCCGCCGAUCCAGGCACAUGCAGUCACGAAAUCACUGCUUAUUACUACGAUUCGCAGUUCCAGAGGUGCCAAGCCUUCAUUUACGGCGGAUGCGGCGGAAACGCGAACCGAUUCAAGACCGAGGAACAGUGCGAACGACUGUGCGGCAAGUUCCAUGGACAGGACGUGUGCAACUUGUCGGUGGAUCGUGGCGAGUGCAGAGGUGAUUUCCCGAAAUUCUUCUACGAUUCCAUCAGCCGUGUCUGUCGCGAAUUCAGCUACGGCGGAUGCGAAGGCAAUGCGAACAGGUUCAGCUCGAUCUCCGAGUGCGAGUUGGUUUGCCUACAUCACGAGGAACCAGUGCCAUUUGGGAACGAUACGGACGUUUCAAAUCUGUCGAUCUGUAAAGAACCGGCCGACAUCGGCUCCUGUACUCCCGGUUCGUCGAUCAAACGGUUCUACUUCGACGAGGAUAAUCAAAGCUGCCGUGCGUUCAUUUAUACCGGAUGCGGCGGCAAUCGAAAUCGAUUCAAGACCUUCGAAGCUUGCAUACACUCGUGUCUGCCGUCUACUGACAAGGUAGGCGAAAACGCUACUACAGGGGAUGUAAAUGAUCUUUGCGCGGAGGCUCGCGAGGAAUGCAGUACCAUCCAGUGUCCUUAUGGCAAGGAAGCGUUCGUGGACUCUCAGGAUUGCGAACGAUGCGUAUGCGUGGAUCCUUGCAGGACGCAAGCUUGUCCCGAUGGCACCAAGUGCGCGAUAACAUUGGUCGCUACCACGGAUGGCACCGAAUACAAAGGCGUCUGCAGGCCUACCACGAAACCGGGCAUCUGUCCGAACGUUACGAAUAGCACCAGGUGCGAGCAGGAGUGCGCCACGGAUGCAGAUUGCAACGGAGAGAUGAAAUGCUGCAACAAUGGCUGCGGCACUUCCUGUCUGGAGCCCGCCGUCGAGGAAGUUCCAACAACCACGAUGAAGCCUUGGCAGACCACACCGCCGGUCGGAGCAGAGCCUGCUUCGAUUCAACAACCUGAGGAGCCGAAAGUCAGUGCUCAGGAAGGUGGCUACGUAACCAUGACUUGCAUCGCGCGAGGAAAUCCGAAACCGGUCAUUACGUGGAGGAAGGACACCACUUUGAUCGCAACAGCGGAGAACAGGCGUCGCAUACUGCACGACGGAUCUCUGCAGAUCAUCAGCCUGUACAGAUACGACGGCGGAACUUACACUUGCAUAGCUGACAACGGCUUAGGACCGCCGGUAAGAGUGGAAUACCAAUUGGUAGUCACAGAUCCGCAACAAAUGGCCACCACCAUACUAGGGGAGCCGAAUACGGUGGUGACGGUAACGAUGAACUCGCCGAUAUCGUUGCAUUGCUACGCGAUAGGCUGGCCCAGGCCGUUUGUCACCUGGUGGCGAGGUCACGAGAUAGUGCCCUUGACAUCGGAUCUAUACGAGCAGGACUCUGACUCCACCCUGCUGAUCCGAUCGGUGUCAUUGCCCACUCUCGGCGUCUACACCUGCCAGGCCUUCAACGCUAUUGGCCGGGCAGUGUCCUGGUCGUUGACCUUGAAGGCUAUUGGCCCGGUGUACAAUGUCAAGCCCGAGUACGAGCAGUUCAUGAAAUACCUGGUCCAACCCCCCAGAAAACCCGAGUAUCCCUACAGACCCAGUAGAAAUCAGUCCUUGGAUGAACAAACUUACGCACCCAUCUAUUCGACCAGACAACCCUUUAUUCCCACCGUGAGUCCCAUAGAACCACUAACCACGCCGCAACCUGGUGGCUCUAGGUAUAGAGUUCCUGUCAACGUCAGCAUAUCGAUAGGACAGAAUCAGUUCCCCGAAGGAAGCGACGUCAACAUCGUUUGCAAUGCCGACGGUUACCCGAUCGCGCGAAUAUCCUGGUACAAGGAUAACGAGCUGAUUCAUCCUGGCGAACGAGUACAGAUCAAUGAAAUGAACAAGCUCGUGAUCAACAAUGCGAACAAGGAGGAUUCCGGAAGAUACCGUUGCGAAGCUACCAAUGACUACUCCACAGCUUCUGACAGCGUGGACAUACAAGUUGCUGGAAUCUUCAUCCACCCGAAUUGCCAGGACAACGCGUUCUUCGCGAACUGCGGGCUGAUCGUGAAGUCCAAGUACUGCACGCACAAGUACUACGCGAAGUUCUGCUGCCGUUCGUGCACAGAGGCUGGCCAAUUGCCGCCCAGGGGGGCCCAUUUAACCAACUCGUUAAGGAGGCGACGUCACAUCCUGAAGUCGCUGGUCUAAGACCGAGGACCUAGUGUUAAUAGUGUGCUCUGGUCCACCGACGACGAUCACCGACCAAGAUUCGGCGGGUACAUCAACUUAAUAAUCGAGGGGACACGAAACUACGCGAACGUGUUUGCAAGGGGGUUCAAGGGGUCAACGGCUAUCGAGAUCAAGAGCCGUCUCUCGAGCACGCCCCGCAAUCGACGUUUAACUCACUGCCAAAGCCUUAGAACGUCUAUACAUAGGUAUCUUAAGAUAUGUUAAGCAACAGCGAGGUUCCCUGAUCUUCGUCGCUGUCUCUUUCGAGGCUUUGUCAUCCAUGUAUAUACGAUCUGACGCUGAAUCCUAGUCGGUCGAAGCCAUAUUAGGCGGGAUAAAUAACUAUCCGAGGGGUAGGAGAACCGGAAACGGUCCUCCACACUCUCCCCUCUUCUCUUAUCCUCCUUUCAUUGAUGUUGACCAAGUCGAUUUCCGGCGCUGGGAUUGCAUUCCCGGAUUUGAACGAGGCAUAUUUGAUGAAGGAAACACUGUAGACCGCAUUUUCUCGACCUUGAGGGACCGUAAUGCUGACGUUGCAUGAUCGAGAUGAGAGAUAUCGUUGAUUUAUCGAUAGGGAAAGGCGUUGGAGAAAGAUUAGGGGUUGGUGUAAAUCGUUUCCUGUGCUCUCGAUUUAAUCGCUGGUGCAAUAAUGCAUCCGAUGUGUGCAACGUCAUGUUUAAUUUAACGGUAGAUUUAGUGGAACGAUGAAAACGAUUCAUUUGCAAAAUUUUGUCUCGAUGAUAGUUUCGAAAGAAAUUGUUAAAGGUAUUCAUAUAUUGGGGAGAAGUUUUUAUGAAGACGGUCUUGCGGUUUUUAUAUAAAUUUUUCAUCGAGUCGCUUUUACUGCUUGGCACAUUCUAGCGUCAAUCAAAAUUUCGACGAGGCGCGAACUCUGUACAUCGCCUUUUCUCUAUUUGUGGAUACAUCUUGUUACGAUCAUGCAAUAAUUGUUUUAUUUCAAUUACGUUUGAGACGUUCCUCCUGUUUUUCACGUUGACUGCAAUCGGUGAUUAACGAGUGUCGUUAACAUAACAUAGUUCAUCAACUGCACUAUGGAUCGAGCAGUAAUCACCGAGGAGUUUUAAACUAAAAAUUGUCUGUAUCAGUUGCAUGAAACAGCAAUUAAAUAAAUAUUUAUUCCUUAACGUUUUCAAUAAAUAACGAUGCAAUGAGAA